AUGCCUUCGUCAUACACAACGAGUUCCUUUGCCAAGGUAUUGUUGCCGUUGGCAUUAUUAGGGUUUUCCACUUGUGUCAUCGCCGGCCAAACAAAUCCUUCAGAUGAACGCAUUGUGGGAGGUUGGGAAACCUCCAUUACCUAUUUUCCCCAUCAAGUAUCCUUGCAAGUGGUGAAUAGACACAUCUGUGGAGGAUCUAUUAUUGCCGAAGAUCUCGUCCUGACGGCAGCCCAUUGUAUAGGUCAAGUAACUAAUACUGAAUAUUAUACCGUAAGAGCUGGCUCCAGCUUUCAUUUCAUAGGAGGUAUUGUGGCACAAGUCAAAGCCAUUGUAUUGCACAACAAUUACAAUCAUACCAAAAACGAUAUUGCUUUGGUCAAACUAUUAAAGCCUUUGGAAUUCAAUGCCUACAUACAACCCAUUAGGCUAUUGGAGGAAAAUGUUACAAUCGAGAAGGAUCAAGAUCUAUGGGUAACUGGUUGGGGCAACCAACAAAGCUACAUAGACCAGACAUCGCCCAUUCUGAGAUAUACUUUCGUCCACAAAAUCUCUAAGGAAAAAUGCUAUAAAUCCUAUAAAUUUAUGACGGAAAUAGAUGAGAAUAUGUUUUGUGCCGGUGUGGAGAAGGGAGGACGUGAUAGUUGCCAAGGAGAUUCCGGUGGACCGCUUAUAACACGCAGUGCUAAUGAUAAUUCCCUCAGACUGGUGGGCGUUGUAUCCUUUGGCAAGGGUUGUGCUGAAGCCAACUAUCCCGGUGUCUAUACUAGAGUUCAAAUGUAUCAUCAAUGGUUGAAUAGUACAAUAGAAACAUUUAAAUAA